AUAUAAGGCUUUGUUUUAUGAUGCAAGGAACCAAAUUUUAGCUGUUUGCUCGACUACGGACCAAUUUCACAGAAGCACGGAAUGACUUGGAGCGGUACACACAUGGAGGAACACACUGGUGAGAGCAGCCAUGAGGAUGACUGUUCUGAAGAAGGAAGCAUGGAUGACAUGUCGGAUGGAGGAGGAACAAACAACUGUGGUGAAGAUGAGAAGGAAAUGGCUGAAGAGGUGGAGGAGGAGAAUGCAGACACCAUGGCUGGCUGGGCCGAGGCCAUGGCAAAGAUUCUGGGGAAGAAAACUCCAAAGAGCAGCAGCAUCUUGGUUAAAAACAAAGAAGUGAACAAGAUGAAGGCAACGGAGAAGCUAAAGAAGCUGGAGAAAAAGGAACUGAUGGACAAGAGAUUGACACAGGAGAUGAUGUUUCGAGAAAAACCUGACCUUGUGAAGGACCGUGAGACUGAAAGAGCUCUACAGAGAAUAGCCACCAGAGGUGUGGUGCAGCUCUUCAAUUCUGUUCGGAAACACCAGAAAACAACAAAUGACAGACUGAAGGAUGCUGGUGGCUCAGAAAGGAAAAAGUCCAAGAUUCUUUCAUCUGUGUCAAAAAGAGACUUUAUUUCUGUGCUGAGGAACAUCGAGGAAGGAAGUCAAGUCUCUGACCGGACUAACAAGGAUCUUACUCCUGGUCCAGAGGAGAAACCUGCCUGGAGCGUUCUCAGAGAGGACUUCAUGAUGGAAGCCUCCAUGAAAGAUUGGGACCGGACCAGUGACCAAGGGGAUUCCAACACCGGAGAUAACUUGGCCUGACACCUGACAGACUGAUGCUGUGAUGCCUUCACUGACACCUGACAGACUGAUGCUGUGAUGCCUUCACUGACACCAGCCUGGCUGCUGCUGCAAUGCCUUCACUGACACCCGACAGACUGAUGCUGUGAUGCCUUCACUGACACCAGCCUGGCUGCUGCUGUGAUGCGUUAGCAGUAAAUGUGUAGACUUGUACAGUUUCCCUGAAUGUGUGUGAAGCUGUGCAGAAUUCAUCCAGCUUCUGUUCUUUCUAUCAAAUCAUCAGUAAAAACUGGUGAGCUUUAAAAUUCUGACGAACAUAGAAUUUCAUGACAUAUUUUUUCAGUCGUUUUAGAAAGUGAAACUUAUUCUUUACACAGAGUGGAAUAUUUGAAGCC